AUGUCCGAGGAGACCGAGCGGCAUGGCGAGGCGUCGUGUGAUGUGGGAGCAGGUGGCGGAGGCUCGAGCAUAGCCCGCGUGUUAAUGACCCCGCUCCAGCUCGACGCCGCCGCGGCAGACUCGCUCCGCGCCGCGUGGAGAAACCAGGACUUGUACAUAGACCAUCUUGAAACGUUGAACAAACAGUUGGAAGGAAGCCUGGAAAAGGCGAAAGAGGUAGAAGAUAGAAUAAAACAGCAGUAUGCUGAGUCCCAACAUAGAGAAAAGGUGUUAGUUAGACGGCUUGCAGCUAAGGAGCAAGAGAUACAAGAUUAUGUUAGUCAAAUUACGGAAUUAAAGUCUUCCCAUGCGAGUCUCAAUGGACGACCGACCCUUUUAGAUCCAGCAGUCAAUGUACUAAUUUUAAGGUUAAAACAAGAACUCACAUCAACUAAAGCGAGAUUAGAAGAAACUCAGAAUGAAUUGUCUGCAUGGAAAUUCACACCAGACUCAAACACUGGCAAAAAACUUAUGGCAAAAUGCAGGCUGUUGCACCAAGAAAAUGAAGACCUUGGACGUAUGACUUCAAGUGGGCGAAUAGCUAAGUUAGAGGGCGAUCUAGCACUACAGAAAAGCUUUAGCGAAGAAGUUAAAAAAUCACAAUCAGAACUGGACGAGUUUCUACAGGAGUUGGACGAGGAUGUGGAGGGCAUGCAGAGUACGGUGCUGUUCUUGCAACAGGAGCUGCGCGCGUCGCACGCCACAGUGAACGGCACGCGUACGGCGUCGCGCGCCGCCUCGCCCGAGAAGCGCACGUACUCGGGCAGCGACUGCAGCGACACGCCGCCCGGCAAGAGGAGGCGCGCCUCGGUGCUGUCGCUGGACUACAACGAGGACGAGGAGCCGCUCACCGUGCCCAACGGGGACGCCGACUAG